AUGCACCGUGUGGCGGGGGACCCGCACGGCUCUCCAUCCGCGGCGACCGCAGCGGCAGCAACGCAUUCCUCGUCAUCUUGCUGCAGCGAGUCGUGGGAGCGCACACAGCGUGCGUUUCAUGGGGCGCACUACACCUCAGCGGUGUUCCACUGCAUUUUGGUGCCGCGGGUGACAGAACGAUCGCGCUACAACCCCGGCGGGCCCGUGAGUAUGGAGCUCUCAGAAGAGGCCGCCCUCACGUGGAAUACGUUGUGCCACUCCCAGCCAGACGCACCGUCACCUCCUGCAGGAAAACGAAAGUCACUCGACGUGGCACUCACGGAGGUGACGUACCAGGAGCAAGAGUUGGCGCUGCGGCUGCUGCAGGGUCUUAGCCUAGUUGUGUACGACCAGCGCCGUGCGAUUGCCGAGGGUCUUCUGAUUCCGUACGCGAUUGAGGUGUGGCAGUGCUGCCUGCAGCACGUGGAGGCGCUGUUCCGCCGACGUCGGCGGAACGCCGCGAUGGAGGGGCCGAGUGGCACCGCUUCUGGUAUUGCGACUGCGGCUGCUGCUGCGCCGCCACCGCUAGAAGAGGGUCCUGUGCAGUUGGUGCAGGGAUUGGAGACAGUGGUGAUCGCGAGCAUCGACGCGGUGGAGGCGGCGUGCCACUACAACCCACUCGCGCUGACACGCAUCGUGCAACAAGGUGGCGUGCGUGCGCUCCUCGACAUGGGGCUCUGCCCCUACGCUCCGCAUGAUAUUCGCUGCGGCGUCUUCGACACGGUGAGCGUGCUCAUGCAGGAGGUCGCCCCGUUUCGACGCGCGGUGGCUGCUGGUGCCGCGGCUGCUUCUGGCGCGGCGGGCGGCGGUGGUGGCGAGGACGAGCUGAUUCAGACAAUGAUACAGCAGGCCAUGACGGGCAGCUUUGGUCGGCAGGAGGCUCCGCCGCCGUACCUCAUGGACCGCGCGAGUGCGUCGAAGUUUGACUCCGCCGUGCGUGAGUGGUUCAGCCAGCAGGGUCUGAGCCACGUCGUGUCGGCGGUUCUAGAGCUGCGUGAUGUGCGUGGCACGCCCAUCGCUGCCGGGGCGCUUCCAAAGGCGGAUGUGACGCGGAUCGUGCAGCGCGCGAGUCAACUCCGCGAGAAGCGGCUGCAGGCGCUGCUGCAGGCGGUGGACGGUAAACGCGAAGCGCUCUGA